AAAUUGAAGUCACAUUUAUUAAUACAUUAUGGAAGAAUUUAUGCUCAAUGAUGAUGUGUUUGAGCAAAUAAAAGAUUUUGUCCAUAAGAAACUAACUGAAGAACAAAGUUUGUUAAUUGAUAAGGUAAUAUUAAAUGAAAAAUUAAAAAUAUGUUAUAAAAAUAAUGGUUUAUGCAAAGAAUGUAAGCAACCUAGAGCUUCUUAUUAUUGGUGUCAAUGUAAAUUUCAACAAAAUUUUAAAAAUUGGACUAGUGGAAAUCAUGAAGUUGACAAGUUUAUUCAAAAAGUACAACUUAAAGCUAAAGAUUUUGAAGACGUUUUAGAAUGGAUUGAAUAUGAUAGAUUUGAAAAUGUUGAAUACUUGGCAAAAGGAGGAUUUGGAACUAUUUAUAAAGGAAUUUGGAAAGAUGGACGUAUAGAUAAAUGGGAUUUUGAGAAUAAUAAAUGGAUAAGAAGUAAAUAUUGGUUUAGGAAAUAUAAGGAUUUUCCAGUUGUUUUAAAAUGUUUACAUAAUUCUCAAGAUAUUACAUCCGAUUUUUUAAGAGAAAUUGAAAACCAUAUUAUGAUUCCAACGACAAGUCGUAUAGCACACUGUUUUGGCAUUACUAAAGAUCCAGAAUCUAGAAAUUUUAUAAUAGUAAUGGCAUAUGUAAUAAAUGGUAGUUUAAGACAACAUUUAAAUAAUAGUUUUAAUUCAACAAAAUGGGAUGAAAAGUUAAAAAUUUUAAAAAAUAUUACAAAAAACCUCAAAUAUAUUCAUGAAAAAGGGUUAAUUCAUCGUGAUUUUCAUUGUGGUAAUAUAUUAAAAGAAGACACAACUACUUUAAUUACUGAUUUAGGAUUAUGUCGACCAGUAAAUGUAAAACCAUCCCAAAAUGAAUGUAAAGAACUAUAUGGGGUAUUACCUUAUGUAGCACCAGAAGUUUUAAGAGGAAAAGAAUAUACUCAAGAAAGUGAUAUAUAUGGAUUUGGAAUUAUUGCAUAUGAAGUCUGUACAGGGCUUCCUCCUUAUCAUGAUAUUGCUCAUGAUAAAUUCUUAACUAUUAGCAUUUGUCAAGGACUUAGGCCAAAAUCAAAUUAUAAAAUUCCUCAAUUAAUUUUAAACAUAAUUAAACAAUGUUGGGAUGCUGAUCCUUUAAAACGACCUAAAGCAAGUGAAUUAGAAAAUUUAUUACGCAAUUUAUGGAGUAAAUCAUGGGUUUAUGGUGAACCUGAAAUCAAAAGGCAAAUUGAAGAAGCAUAUAAAAUUAAUGAGAAGUUAACUUCCUCUUCAUUAUUAUAUAAUGGACCUACUCUUUCAUAUACUACAAAUCCUCAAGCAGUUUACAUGAGUAGGCUUUUAGAUUUUAAAAAUCUUCCAGAACCAAAAAAUGCUAUUGAUAAUAAGGAUGAUGAUAAUUUAUUUGGAGAAUAUUCAGGUAAUUAA